ACCCUUUGUUUCUUCUUAUCUGAUUUAUCAACAAAUGGAGCCUCGACCUCAACACACACCUCUCAAGAUUGCCCGUUUUGCAGACUUGGGAAUUGGACUUAGAGAUUUGGGUGAUUCCUGGAACAUGGAGAGUGGUAUGUUGAGUGGAGGAGGAGGAGAUGGGUCGCCUCCAGUCGGGCUAGGUCUGGAGCUUGGACGUGGGUCUAGUCAUAGACCAACCGGAUUCACAAAAUCAUGUGGGUUCAUAGUUUUUCAGUUGCAGGAACUACAGCUUCAAUCUCUCAUAUACAAGUACAUGGAAGCUGGUCUACCUGUCCCUAAUCACCUUCUUCUCCCUAUUUGGAAAAGUGUUGCCGGUUCUCUUGGCGGCAUCCACGGCAGCCCUUAUCAACUCUACUCCGGAUUUUUGGGUUGUGGGUCAUUGCACUUGGAGUACAAGAAUGGAAUCGAUCCAGAGCCAGGAAGAUGUAGACGUACAGAUGGGAAGAAAUGGAGGUGCAGCAAAGAAGCUGUCCUGGAUCACAAAUACUGCGAGCGACACAUGCACCGAGGCCGUCAGCGUUCAAAAAAGCUAGUGGAAUCUCCAUGUUCUCCACCUCCACCUCCACGGAAUGCCACGGUGGCCUAUGUGGUGAAUUUGACAAAUUUUUUGGUCACCAAGCAUACAAGUGCCCUUACGUUGCAGGUUUUAGGCAAUGCCAAAGCUGCAUUGGCAGCGUUCGUGUCGGUUAUGAUCUUUAGGAAUCCGGUGACUGUGAUGGGGAUGACCGGAUUCGCGGUUACAAUCAUGGGAGUGGUGCUUUACAGUGAGGCAAAGAAGAGAUCUAAGGCACAGCUAGCAACGAAUUGA